UCGGAACACAUCAUGAAUACAAAAACCUGAAAAUGAAAACAUACACUUACUAUUCAAAAUGGGAUAUAACGUUUGCCUUCUAAUAGGGACCAACAUUUUAACAAAUUCAGUCUGCAUAUGCACAUUGGAGCUGUGGAACUUCCAUUGCUGCUUCAGGUUCGAUUUGGGAAAGUUCAGCAAAAAACAUCUGUACUUGCACAGUCAAAACUUAAUUUGUGAGUACUUUAAAGUCCAUUAGUUGGUUCUUUGUGCCACCAUGUUGCCAACAACCUGGCCUUUCUGCAGCACUUUUUUACAUCACCCCUUGGGAGUCUCACAAGUUCAUGUUGUAAGAUUUGAGUUUCUGAUUGUAAUAAAAGGUGGUUCAGUGAAUUUUUCUGUGCUAUCUUAUGCAGAAGUUAAUCCUGUUGAAUUCAGUGAGACUUACUGUCAAGUGAGAGUGUGUGUAGGAUAAUGGACUUACUGGUUUGUAAUAUUUCCAUCAUGCCUGUUGCCAUAAAGUAGUCUCAAAGUGACUUACAAUAGCACAACAUUGUCUGUUGCUUGUUAAGAAUAUAAGACUUGUCUUCUUGAAUCAGAUUAAAUUUCCAUCUUGUCUUGCACUCUGUCUUUAGCAUUGCAGUGAUGCUGAAUGAAAUACACGUACCCUAUUGUCCUUCCCUCCCCCUAAGUUUGGUAAUCGAAUGUACAUUGCCCCUGGAUAAUAAAUUUUCAUUCUUGGUUAUUGUUAGUGAACUUCUGUGAGAAAUGAUGCUGAUUAGUAGAGUUCUCUCUGUUAUCUCUAGGAUAUGGACACGGGUUGGAAGUCCCAAUAUACAAGCUGGAGUUUCAGAAAUCUUAAGCACUCAUUACUGCUGAUGUAAGGCUGCCUGUUGAUCAGUUCUUCAUUAUGAAGGGCUGAAACAGAUAUGUUAUUCACACAAUUAGUAAUUCCCACCUCAUGACUUGCAUUAAAAAAUACAAAAAACCACAUAGUUGCUAAAUAUAUAAGUAAAAUCACAUUUACUUCAGUGCUUUUGCUGAUCAGACAUAUAAAACCUUGUUUAUUUCUUGAGUCCUAAAGAGGAGAGAAACCAUUUAAGGCUACACAGUAAAAGGAUGCACAUUGGUUAGCUCUUUCUAGAUGGAAUAAUAGUAGGACAAAACACACAAGGAUUUAGUCAGUAAGGCAAAAGAAAUUUCAAAACGCAUAUGCAUCUAUUUUAGUUGUCCUGUAAUCUUAAAUGAAAACAGGCAAUAAUUGUGCUUGAUUAGUUCUAUUACAAUACUCAAAUGCAAGCUCAUGUUUCUAGUAUAUGGCUUGAUUGCUGACUUCAGACAAUCUGGUUGUCCUACUUCUCCAACAGGCACACAGAGACUGCAAUCCUGUGAACCCUUCACAUGGGCCUUAAAGUAUGAAUUACGUGGGACAACUUGCAGGCCAAGUUCUGGUUACUGUUAAGGAACUGUACAAAGGAAUCAAUCAGGCGACACUCUCAGGAUGCAUUGAUGUAAUUGUAGUUCGGCAACAAGAUGGUACAUAUCUUUGCUCCCCAUUCCAUGUCCGAUUUGGAAAGCUUGGUGUCUUGCGUUCGAAGGAGAAAGUUAUUGAUAUUGAAAUUAACGGAGAAGCGGUUGAUCUUCAUAUGAAACUGGGUGAUAAUGGAGAAGCUUUCUUUGUGCAAGAAACAGAAGAAAAAUUUGAAAGAGUUCCUGCACAUCUUGCAACAUCCCCAAUACCUACGGAAGACCAGUUCUUCAAAGAAACUGAUGAUCACUUGCUGAAAUUGGGUGACAAUGAACGGAUGUGUCUAAGCUCAGAAAUACUACAGAUUGUGGAAGCAGAGCCUUUUUUCCCCUCUGGGUCAGUGAAGAAGAAAAAGCGAAGGAAAAGAAAAUGUAAACAAGAUGCCAAGAAAGAAGAUCAGAUCUCUGCUCCUGGAACUGAAGAAGGCUUUGAAAUGGAAAUGAGCUCCGAUGAUGAGAGAAGUAUUCUGCCUCUGAGGACCCCAUCAGAUUCUCCACCAAAGGAUGAAGAGUAUAAGGAAUCAUUGAUUUACCACGCAAAGGACCAUUACCCUUUAUCAGAUGGAGACUGGUCUCCUUUGGAGAACCCAUUUAGCCAGCCAACUUGUCCUAAAAGUGAUUCAGAACUUGAAGUUAAGCCUGCGGAGAGCUUACUCCGAGCAGAGUCUCACAUUGAAUGGACGUGGGGAGGGUUCCCAGAAUCUACCAAGAUAAGCAAGAAGGAAAAAUUGGAACACCCCAGAACAGUUACGAUCACUCCAUCAGAAAAGACUCAUUUCAGGGUAAUAUCCAGCAGUGAUGCAGCUGACGAUGGAAUUUUGGUGAAUGAUUCUGUUUGUACAGUAGUAAAGCCUGAACCAAGAACACACCAUCUACUUAAGGAGCUAGAUAUCAAAGAGAGACUUGCUUCUACAGCCACAAAACCAAUUUUGGACAUUCUUCAAGGUUCAUUGGCAUUAGAUUCUGAUACUCUUCCCAGUCCAUUGAUAGAUUCUCCGACAGAAACUAAACCACCAGCAAAACUUGAUUCCCCAUCAAAGAAAAAAGGGAUACAUAAGAGAAGUCAUCACCAAGGGCCUGAUGACAUAUAUUUGGACGACCUGACAGCUUUGGAACCUGAAGUUGCUGCUCUUUAUUUUCCCAAAAGUGACUCUGAUCCAGGUACCAGACAAUGGCUGGAGUCUGACACUCUGUCGGGUUCUCAAUCUCCACAAUCGGUGGGAAGUGCUGCUGCAGAUAGUGGUACAGAGUGUAUGUCUGAUUCUGCAAUGGACUUGCCUGAUGUCACAUUAUCCCUUUGUGGAGGUCUUAGUGAAAAUGGGGAGAUAUCAAAAGAAAAAUUCAUGGAGCAUAUCAUUACUUACCAUGAAUUUGCUGAAAACCCAGGACUCAUAGACAAUCCUAAUUUGGUAAUAAGAAUAUACAACAGGUAUUAUAAUUGGGCAUUGGCUGCUCCCAUGAUUCUCAGCUUGCAGGUGUUCCAUAAGAGCUUGCCACAGGCUGCAGUUGAAUCCUGGAUUAAGGAUAAAAUGCCGAAGAAGUCUGGAAGAUGGUGGUUCUGGCGUAAGAAGGACAGCUUGGUCAAACAGCUGCCAGAAGCUAAGGAGGGAAAAUCUGAAGCUCCAAAAGGCGACCUAUCAACAGCCACAAAGGAACAAGUUGAAAGCCGGCCUACAGGCGAUGAAUCUUCAACGGAUGAUGAAGGAUCCCAGGAACUAAAAGAAACCUUAAAAAUAGAUUCCGCUUCACUUUCAACCCAUGGGAAUGCUACAUCUUAUAAAAAGUCACUUAGAUUGUCUUCAGAUCAAAUUGAAAAACUGAAGCUAAGAGAUGGCCCCAAUGAUGUUGUGUUCAGCAUUACAACCCAGUAUCAAGGAACUUGCCGUUGUGCGGGGACAAUAUAUCUGUGGAACUGGAAUGACAAAAUAAUUAUUUCAGAUAUUGAUGGAACAAUAACCAAGUCUGAUGCUUUAGGGCAGAUCCUACCACAGCUUGGCAAAGACUGGACACAUCAGGGUAUUGCAAAGCUCUAUCAUUCCAUUAAUGAGAAUGGCUACAAGUUUCUGUACUGCUCUGCUCGUGCCAUUGGAAUGGCAGACAUGACAAGAGGGUACUUGCACUGGGUUAAUGACAAAGGAACGAUCUUGCCCAGGGGUCCCUUGAUGUUGUCUCCCAGCAGUUUGUUCUCUGCUUUUCAUAGGGAAGUGAUAGAAAAGAAACCAGAGAAAUUCAAAAUUGAGUGUUUAAAUGAUAUCAAGAACUUAUUUUCUCCAUGUAAACAACCUUUCUAUGCUGCUUUUGGAAACAGAACUAAUGAUGUGUAUGCCUACAUGCAAGUUGGAGUUCCAGACUGCAGAAUAUUCACAGUCAACCCAAAGGGUGAACUAAUCCAGGAACAAACAAAGGGAAACAAAUCUUCGUAUUACAGACUGAGUGAACUAGUAGAACAUCUGUUUCCACUUCUUAAUAAAGAACAGAGCUCUGCUUUUGAAUGCCCGGAAUUCAGCUCCUUCUGCUAUUGGAGAGAACAGCUUCCUGAAGUGAACAUGGAAGACUUAGCUUGAACAGCACUGAUCACAGAGAACCUCUUUCUGCAGAGGCUCCUUUAUCCUUUGGUACCAUGUGUCUUAUUAAAUACAGGAAGCGCCAAAGGUUUGGCAUAAGCAAAUGAAAUGCAAGGCUGAUCUCUCUUUGUUCUUUUAAGAUGUCCUUACUGUUUGAUUUAAGGCAUUAGAAAGAUAGCAAUCCUUUGAAAUAGCAGGCCAUCCAGAGGAUAGAGGACAGAAAAUGAAAAUGUAGUUGCAGAUUUGCAUCUUCCUAUAUACAAACCACAGUGGGGGUGUGUGAUGUUUUGUAUGUUAGCCUCCUUGAUAUAUCAUCUUAAAGGAAAAGAGAAAAAAGUUUGUAAAAUCGAUAGCAGAGAUUUAACAGGCCCACUAUAGGAAUUAUAUUUAGUACUUAAACCAGCACUUAGCCUGUUUGAGAUACAAUGUCUUAGACUCUCUCAUUAUUAAUUUCUUUAAAAAUAUCUUAAGAAUUCAUGAGUUCGUGUAUAGUGGUCACUCUGUUUUGCUACACCUUUAAAGAACUGAGGAUUGGAGUGGAAAUGCUACUUCUAUUACCCACUCAUGGUUGUGUUGCCUUUAAAAAACAAACAAACUACUAUACAGUGAUUGGGGCUGUCUGAGAUGCUUUUUCUUACUUGCAGCAAUUUUUGUUUCCUAAGCUGCUAUGUGAAAUUAGAAUUCGUAAGAACAUCUUUGCUGCAAACAGCUGACAUCUCUUAAUUGCACUUAGCAUGGGUACUGUAUAGAUCAGCAGGCAACAGAUUCAGAAAAUAUUCAGGGAUAAAUUCUCAUUUUUUUAAAGAAGGUAAUGUAUAUAGUCAGUCUUUAAAACUGGAACUACUAUUAAUGCCUUUCCAGAACUCUGUAUCAGGGUUUUUCAGUUUUGAUAAAAUUGGCAGAGGACAAGGGCAUCCAAGUGAGAAAUACUGUGUGUAUCAGGUACAAAAUGUUACUUCUGUUUAGACAUUUAGUAUGUUAGCUCCACAGUGGAUUCAAAAGCAACUGAGGUCCUGAUUUAAGGAGCCAGUUGUUUUAGUUUCUUUCACCUAUUUCUAUCCAACCCUUGACACAAAAAUGAUAGUUGAUUAUAAUGUCUAUAAACAAAAACAUUCCCACUCCCUGCCAGGAUAGUCUAGUAUGCCAUAAAUCAACUAAACUGAAAGAGUUAACAUUUUUGAAUCAUCAUAUAACUUGAAGCUAGGUCAGACCUUAAGAAUGCUGACUAGUGCUUUCCUGAUCACCCAAAGUAUCCAUGUAAACGUAUCAAAACUCUAUUCUCUGCCAGGUAUGAACUACUAAGUUUAAUCUGCAGGUUUGCUACCAGUGCUGGUUUUAUGUUGUCAACUAUGGUAGCAGCGCUUAAGGACUAGACGUAGUGCUCUCAAUAAAAUCUUUAUCAGACUUAUCAAGUUUCACAACUAGUAAUUUGCUCCUUUUGACUUUGUAGAGGGAAAACAUUUGAGACUAAUUAGAUCAGUUAAAUAGAUAAGUACAGUAGAUGUAACCUUAGGAAAAUGUUGGGACUUGAAAUUUCUAACUAAACAGUGAUUGGGCUGUAUAUUGUUAUGUACUUUGAAACUAUUUUUCAAUCAGAUAUCUUAAUAGAAUACCUAAAUCUCCACACACAAGGAAGUACAAGUUAUAGCUCUAGUAAAGAAAAGCCUACUGUGCUGGAUAAAAUUUACUCCAACAUCUAGUUCAUAUUCGGUAUUCUGUAAAGCACUCUGAAAAUUUGAAAUAUCCUAGAUUAAAUUUCAAUUUGAGUUGACUGUUUGUUUCACAUUAUGUUCUUAAUCUUUUUUUCUCUCCCUCUUUAUUCUGAGGUGUGGUACAUUAUUUCACAUUUGCAGUAAUGGUUAAGUUCAUCUUAAUAGGUUAUCUUGCUCCUUAUAAGGCAUCAGUACUGUUAACUGGAGUGAAUAAUUCUGACAGUGUUUGGAGUGGAGAUCUGUGUGCUGCUUUUGAACAUUAAGAAUUUCCAAAACUUUGGGAAGAAUUCCCUUUCGUAAUGACAAGCAGACAAAAUCAUACUAUUUAUUA